AUGAAGGGCGAGAAACGCAGAAAUUAUGACUCUUCACGCUUCAAGGAGGCUUAUAUGAAAGUUAUAAAGGAUAAUUGGUCAGUGUACAAGGCGUCGAAGGAAUAUGGCAUACCGUGGUCUACUUUGAGAAGACACAUAGCUACUCAUGGAGGUGAAAGUUUCGACUUACCUAAACUUGGGAGACCAUUCACAUUAGACAGCGACCUUGAAUCAGUCCAAGCAGGAAAAGAUCACCAGUUUAACGAUGCUAAACGUAAAGCUGGGCCUUAUUGGUGGUGGUCGUUUAAAGAACGGUACGGGCUUUCAUUGCGCACGCCAGAAAAGCUUGCAGCAUGCCGAGCUGUUACUGCUAACAGACAAAACAUUGACGAUUUUUAUAAAAAGCUACUGGACGUCGUUAUUGAGCUGGAUAUUCUGCAAAAGCCUGAAAGGAUUUAUAACUGCGACCAAACCGGUGUAACGUUCGUCGUAAAACCGUCACAAAUUGUCACUCAAACUGGAAAGAAGGUAAUUUAG